GGUGCCCCUUAACAUUCAAAAGCGCCGAAAGAAAGAAACCUAACAACGCCAUAGCGUUCCCUAACCCUUCGUGCGAGGUCGCUCGACCUCAGCACGAACACUCCCAGGGGCUGUGCCUGUCCGACGCCCCCAUGUCCGACGCCCACGCGCCACCGCCCUUCCUUCUCCACCGCCCGCCGCUCCUCCAGUCGGCGCCGCCGCUCUUCAAGCAGCGAUCCUGGUCCCCGGACGCCUACCGCGACGAGGCCUGGCUCCGCCGCAAGGGCAACUGCAAGAACCGCCGCACCAAGAGCGUCACCGACGAGGACGUCGACGAACUCAAAGCCUGCAUCGAGUUAGGCUUCGGAUUCGAUUCCUCCCCCGAGGUCCAACACGAUCGCCGCCUCUCCGACACUCUACCCGCCCUCGGCCUCUACUACGCCGUCAACAAACGCUACAACGACUCUCUCCUCUCCAAAACGACGCCAUCCUCCUCCGAUUGCGACAGCACUCCCUCCCCCCACGGCAGUCCCCACGCCUCCAUCUUCACCACCGGCGAUAAUCCUCAGACGGUGAAGACAAGGCUGAGGCAGUGGGCGCAGGUUGUUGCCUGUGCGGUGCGACAAAGUUCGAGUUGAAUGGGUGCGUGAUGUGAUGUGAAUUGUGGAAAAUGUUGAUUGGGAACCGAAUCAUGGAAGCUAAACCAUACGAUAGAUAUGAACGGGAAGCGAGCGCGGACCCUAGUUAACCACCCAAUUGUGACGGAACCAGAUUAGUUAGUUAGUGUUACAUGUGGGGCUGUCGGCAGCGCCUUCUUUUGUACUCUACUUGUCCAAAAUAUGUGAUGACAAAGCUUAAGCUAGAUAGAUCUAUUAUAGUAUUUUCUAUAUAUCAUAUGCCAUAUCGUAUGAUAUGCCAGACCGUACGUACAAUUAGUUUUGUUUUUGUUUUUGUGUGUGGCCUGGGGGUGUGAAAAAAAUAUGUUGUAGUGUGCGUUUGAAUCCAGUGGUGCUCCUAGUCCGAGUCCUUUUUGGUAAUGGUAGUUUCUCUUUGCUCUUGAGGCGAGAGAGAAGAAUAUAACAUUCUCGUAACUCUGACAAGGGAUUUGACUUGCACGAGGAUACAACUUGCUUUCUAACAUGGGAUGGGUACGCGUAUUGGAAAGGCAAGACGGUGAAGCUUCAAAUUUCAACAUUCUUCGGUUCCUAAUGCGGUGCUGGCAACGCAGCUUUGUGUUUCUGACUCAUUGUACUUUCUGGCCUCUCUGUCAUCACUUGUUUUCCACCAAUUUUCCAGCUCACAGGAAAGAAUGGAACGGAAACGGAACGAAGCGCCUUCAGUGUUGACUUUCACGCGGAGGCUGGGUUCAAGUCAAGACACUGCUAACAAAACUCAAAAAUUACAGUGGCUAUUAAGUGUUAAACACCAAUUGUUAAGGGAGCUGUACGACGAACAAACAAAGUCUAAUUAUACAGGUGAUAGAUAGUUGGAUUUCUUUUA